CGUAGUUCAAAUAUUUUGUUUUCAAAUUUGCUAAUUAGUGGACGUCAACAAACCAAAUUUGUUGUAUCAGCCUCACUAAUAAAAAUGCAAAUUCCAAGUGUGCCGUUUAAAGGCUAUUAUCUACCACACAUCUUGACUUCCGUGGUGGUUCUUUAUCUAAUUAGAAAGUAUCGUGAAAGAAAAUGGGGCAAAUGUAUGAACACGGUUCAACUUUAUGGUAAAAUUGCGAUAGUCACCGGUGCUAACUCCGGCAUUGGCUACGAAAUUGCCAAGGAACUGGCCCGGAGGCACGCAAUGGUUAUUCUGGCGUGCCGGGACAUUGACAAGGCCAAGGAGGCAAUUGCCAGAAUAAAAGAGAGUACAAAAACAAUGACUGUGCUUCUCCCCAUUGAACUGGAUCUGGCUUCACUGUGGUCAAUCAAAGAGUUUGCUAAGAAAAUCAGGGAAAACUACCCCUAUAUUGAUCUCCUAGUAAACAACGCAGGGGUGGCAUUCCCUCCUAAGAAAAGAGUAACCACCAAGGAUGGUCUGGAGGUCCACUUUGGAGUUAACCACCUAGGCCACUAUUACCUCACUCGGUUGUUAACUGAGAACCUAAUCAACAGCAGGGUUGUAAUAGUGUCAUCAGCACUCCAUGAAAAGGGCCAGAUCAACUUGAAUGACUUAAACAGUUCCUUAAGUUCUGAAAGACAGAACUUGUAUGCCAAUUCCAAAUUGGCAAAUAUUUAUUUUUGCCAACAGUUGGCCAAGAAAGAGAAACUGAAAGCCUAUGCUUGUUGUCCUGGUUGGGUUUACACCAAGUUGUUCAGACAUUCACUCAAGUGGUACCACUUCUUUAUCAUGGGGCCACUUGCGUUUUUGUACAUGAGGACUCCUUUCCAGGGAUCACAGACUCCGAUUUAUUGCUGCACUGCCCCAGAACUGGAAGCUGAGACUGGGCUGUUAUAUAGAGACUGCCAGAUUUACAACAGCAAAUACAAAUUCGACGACGAAGUUGGAAGACAAUUGUGGGAACAGUCUGAGUUGACCAUCAAGGAAAUAAUGGGUGGAGACAGUGAACUAUAAUACUCGCACUAGACUGAACAAAUACUUGCUUUUUAGUAAGCCAUAGUGAGACUUUUAUUAAAUUCUUCAAAUUGUUGACAGAGUUUAUGGAAUGAUUUUAAAUAUUUAAAUAGUAGUUGGUAGAGUUUAAGGCAUUGCACAAAAUUGCGUCGCUUUGCUCAACUGUUCAUGAUAUUUUAAUGUGUUAUAAUGUGCAAUUAAUUAAUUAGUCCAUUCAGAUUUUUAUUAUUUAUAUUAUAUGUGCCUUUUCAAGGCAUUAUGGCCUGUUUAUUUUAAUCUAACUGAAAGAACAACAAAAUACUAAAAACUAGCCAAAAUACCUUGAUAUUUUAUUAUUUGUUAAUAUAUAAAUAUAUUAAAAUAUAUAUUUAAUAUAUUAUAACAAAUAACAGGACAAAAAUUGAAUAUUUUGUCUUGUCCUAAAUUGAUUUAAAUUUUUUUAUAGAAUUAAUUUAGAGAUCUUAAAAAAUAAGACAAUAAUAUUAUAUUAUGUUAAGCACACUGUUGACAAUGCUAUAUUAGAGAUGUUGUAAACUUUUGGCUCUUUAACUAAAUAAAUUUUACUGAAGA